GACCAGACUACAGGAAGGCAAUACAGUCGAUGAGCUCUUAGGAGCUAACACAUUUCUCAGAUUUUAGGGGAUCCCACCAUUCAACAGUCAAGAUGGCUCGGGAUAUGUCAGAUAAGGACAUCUUGAAAAUGGAACUGGAACAGUUGAAGAAGGAAGUUAACACAGCUAGGACACCAGUGGCUGCAAACUGCGCAGAGACUGUUUCCUUUGUUGAGGCACUGGUACCAAAUGAUCCGCUGAUUAAGGGUGUUUCAGAUGACAAGAACCCCUACAAGGGAGACAAGGGAGGCUGCAUAGUAACAUAGCACAAAGAC